GAGACGAGCCAGGCGCCAAAUUUCCGCGUGCCGUCGAGCUUGUCAAUGUCAGGCGGCUUCAUCGUCGACAGCCGAGCACUCAGAGCAAGUCGACAUGAUCAGACAGAGCCGAGCAAUGCUAUCAGCGACGACAUCAAGCCAGCGGUUGCGCCGAUACGAGCCGCUCUGACGCCAAGGCAAGAGACACGGCUGAUCGAUUAUCUCGACGCAGAGUUCCUUCAGCUCAACCGAAAGCUCAAGAAGAGGCAGUUGCCUGACGCGCCACUGGCACAGUUGAUGAACCUCAUCUCUGCAUUCGAGCGACUCUUUGACUUUAUACUCGGCAUCCCCGCGCUCGGCAGGUCAGGUCAGCUGCGCUCUGCCUACCUGCUUCGGCUGCUCGGCGAUCUCACCGAUGCGCUGACUUCCCAUCCCGGCGUACUCGAAGCUGAGCCUGAGCGCGAACGCGACACCCUCUUCGACUUUCUGGACGAGCUUGACUUUGCAUGGUCAGAUGCCAUCAUGCCAGGAGCACCCUGGGCGGUAGCGAAAGGAACGAGCAGUGACAGGACGCGACGGCCGGGUCAGGCGGUUGAGGUGGAUGAUCGUGGGCCGGGUCUGACGGUCACUGAUCGGGUGAGGUUGCUAAACCUCGUCAUAUCAUUACGCGAGAUGCUCAUAGCGAGCUUUGCGCCUUUGCAAAAUCAUGUCGACAAAGCAAGCGCUGCAGGCCCCAUCGAAGUCGAUGAGGAUAGCGACUCGGAUCUCGAGCUGAUUUCCGGGCCUCCCGUGAAGGCGCGAGAGCAGACUGCCCGUCUUGAUGAAGUCCAAGAUGUCAAAUUCGAUGUGCAAGACCGGCGGGAAGCGAAGCAGAAGGAGCACGAAAGGGCCAGUCGGGUCUUUGAGCGUACCCUCGCCAUGCUAGCCGAUUUGAAAGACUAGCGUUGGAAUGCAAGCCUCACGUUAGUGAUCGAGGAUACGAACGACAUGCAUCGUAUACAAGG